AUGCCUCACACUGGUCAUGAUUUUCCUCAAAGACUUGUCCCAUUAAUAACAAAAGCUGUGAGUAUAUUCGUGCUGAUAGUCGUCUUCUACAUCGUGCAGUACAUAUUUGACAUGGAUUUUAUAUGCUCGUGCAGACCAGGUUUGCAUAAAAAUGGCAUACUGUACUUGCUCAUCCCUCCUGUGAUCCUCACCUGGGUUGCCAUCAUCACUGAGCCUUUACACGAAUCGAGGAUUUUUUCCAUCUUCCAUCUGCUCUAUCGUCUUAGUCACAACAACUGCUGCGGCUUUUUUGUUAAGGUUAUUGUCAGCUACUUCAGUAUGUGUGCUGUAUGGAUAACUUCUGUUCUGUUUGAUGGAGACUGGUAUCUUUGCCUGAUGACAAACCUCAAUGCCAGUCAUACCGGAAUCCCUUGCAGAGAAAAUCUGACCUACGAGGAGUACCGGAUUAAAGCUGAUUAUAAAACCGAUUCACUUGACUUUGGCUUUUAUGUCAUCUGUUUUCUUCUUGUUCUUUGGAGCCUUGCUGACUGCACUACAGCCUACUGUAUCAGAAGGACGAUGUGGAAAAAUUUGCGUUACUCAAAGUCUCCUUACUACAGAAUAGUUUAUGAAGAUCUUCUGGCGGAGCAAGUGAACACUCGUUUGAAAAAGGAGCUAACAAAACUAGCAACAAAAAGAGCCAAAGCAAUCUGUAUGCCCUACAUUCUAGCCAUUGGGGAAAAUGAGCACCAGUUAAACUAUAGACGAGAAGACAAUGCCAAUGUCAACAACGAUAAUGUCAACAACGACAAUGUCAACAACGACAAUGUCAACAACGACAAUGUCAACAACACAGGUUUGGAAGCCUGGAAGAAGAUUUCAGCCGUGGAUUUUCCCUUCAUGGAUUUUGAGAUAGAACGUUAA